CUUCCCCCCCCAGUUCCCCACGCGCGCGCGUGUGUGUAUGUGUGUGUAAGUAAGUGCGUGUGUGUGCGCGCGCGCGUGUGGCGGCGCUGCCGGCUCCCCCGCACCAGCGCAGCCCGCAGGCGAGGAGAGGCGCCGAGCGACCGCGGGGAGCCCCGCAGCCCCUCCAGCAGCCGGAGAGGCUUCCCCGUCCUCGCCCGCCCCCGCUCAUCAUCCAUCCAUCCAUCCAUCCAUCCAUCCGCUCCCCUCUCGCAGGAAUGGUUAUCCAGUUGCCUUGGAGAUGAUCCUGCUGCUGUAAAUGCGGGGCUGAAGAUUAAUGGUGUGGGCAGUAUGGACCUAAUGAACGGACAGUCAAGCAGUGUUAAUAUUGCAGCUACUGCUUCAGAGAAGAGUAGCAGCUCUGAAUCCUUGAGUGAAAAAGGUUCAGCUGAACUGAAGAAGAGCUUUGAUGCAGUGGUAUUUGAUGUUCUAAAGGUUACACCAGAAGAAUAUGCGGGUCAGAUAACAUUAAUGGAUGUCCCUGUAUUUAAAGCAAUUCAGCCAGAGGAGCUGGCAAGCUGUGGCUGGAAUAAAAAAGAGAAAUACAGUUCUGCACCAAAUGCUGUUGCUUUCACCAGAAGAUUCAAUCACGUAAGCUUUUGGGUUGUUAGAGAGAUCCUACAUGCACAAACUUUAAAAAUAAGAGCUGAGGUUUUGAGCCACUAUAUUAAAACUGCAAAGAAACUGUAUGAACUGAAUAAUCUGCAUGCUCUUAUGGCAGUUGUGUCAGGCCUCCAGAGUGCUCCGAUCUUCAGGCUGACUAAAACGUGGGCGUUACUGAGUCGCAAGGAUAAAGCCACCUUUGAAAAGCUGGAGUAUGUUAUGAGUAAAGAAGAUAAUUACAAAAGGCUUAGAGACUAUAUCAGCAGCUUGAAGAUGACUCCUUGUAUUCCCUAUUUAGGUAUUUAUCUGUCAGACUUGACGUAUAUUGACUCUGCCUACCCAUCAACAGGGAGCAUUCUGGAAAGCGAGCAAAGAACAAAUUUAAUGAACAACAUUCUUCGAAUUAUUUCAGACUUACAGCAGUCAUGUGAAUAUGAUAUUCCUCUGUUGCCUCAUGUCCAAAAAUAUCUAAACUCGGUUCAGUACAUAGAAGAACUACAAAAGUUUGUAGAAGAUGACAAUUACAAACUUUCAUUAAAGAUAGAACCAGGGACCAGCACCCCCCAUUCUGCUGCUUCCAGAGAAGAUUUAGUAGGCUCUGAAGUUGGAGCAUCUCCACAAAGUGGACGGAAAAAUGUUGCAGCUGAAGGAGCCUUGCUACCACCAACACCUCCUUCUCCUAGGAACCUGAUACAGCAUGGACAUAGGAAGUGUCACAGUCUGGGAUACAAUUUCAUACACAAAAUGAAUACAGCUGAAUUUAAAAGCGCAACGUUCCCCAACGCAGGACCAAGGCAUCUACUGGAUGACAGCGUCAUGGAACCUCAUGUCCCAUCCCGAGGGCAGGCAGAAAGUUCCACCCUUUCUAGUGGAAUUUCAAUAGGGUGCAGUCCCACCUGUAUACCACUGAAGAAUAGAUGUCAAGGUAGCAGUGAUGGCUCUGAACUCAGCGAAGAGACUUCCUGGCCAGCAUUUGAAAGGAACAGGUUGUACCAUUCUCUCGGUCCGGGGACAAGAGUGUCACGAAAUGGCUAUCGAGGCCGCAUGAAGGCCAGCAGCUCCCUAGAAUCUGAAGAUUUGGCUGUUCAUUUGUAUCCAGGAGCAGUUACUAUUCAAGGUGUUCUCAGGAGGAAGACUUUGUUGAAAGAAGGCAAAAAACCUACCGUCGCAUCUUGGACAAAAUACUGGGUGGCACUGUGUGGAACCCAACUCUUUUACUAUGCUGCAAAAUCUCUGAAGGCUACAGAGAGAAAACAUUUCAAAUCCACACCGAGUAAGAAUGUGUCAGUGGUGGGCUGGAUGGUGAUGAUGGCAGAUGACCCUGAGCAUCCAGAUCUCUUCUUAUUGACUGAUUCUGAGAAGGGAAAUUCAUAUAAAUUUCAAGCUGGAAACAAAAUGAAUGCAAUGCUCUGGUUUAAACAUCUGAGUGCUGCCUGCCAAAGCAACAGACAACAGGUUCCUGCCAACUUGAUGACCUUUGAAUAAUAGGCUAAUUCAAAACAAACAAAAGAACAAUUUGAACCAUCUCAUAAUUGAGAAUAAGGUCCUGAUGAAAAACGUGCCAGCUGUAUUCUGUGCCAGAACGGAGCCUGUCAACUCAAUCUCUGAACGCUGGAGCCCUGAACAAAAACACUAAUGGCUGGGGAGUAGAGUCCCCCAAACUAAAAAUGGAGUUGCAACAUGAAUUGCCGUGGACCAUGCUUCGUUAUAUUCUCUGAACUGACCUGUGGAAACCACUGCCUUAAAGAGUGAAAGGAAGAACAACACGAAACACCAAAUAGUGUGUGUGAAACUUCUGGCGGUGCUGUGCUUGAGUUAAAUAGAUUGUAGCUAGUUUGAGUUUCUUUUAACUUUAUACUAAUUUUGAAAAUAACUCACCUUUUUAGGCACUCUUAAGAAAACAAGUAAACUGGUAUUUAAGAGUUGUAUCAAAAGCUGUGUAUGAACCAGGUAAAAGAGGUACUACACGUUCUAGAGAUGUUGUUUAGACUAUACCAGGAGUUCUCGAUGGGAGCUUGUCCCAGGCACACUUAGCCUGGAGCAAUGUUAUUUCUCUCAGACCUACAAGUAUAAGAAAUGUAACAACUCCAAGUGUUAAAAUAUCAGUAAGCUUGCAAACAUUAGUACUGUAUGGGAGCCAUAUUCCCAACAAGUGGCACAAAGGCUGAGCACUUACACACCAAAAAUCUUUUUGGUACAUUGUUACCUAAUUCCUGGUUAAAAACGUAGUUCAUGUGUUUUGGGUGGUUGGUGGGUGGGUAUGCGUGGAAGAGACAAAACUGAAAGCACUGUUGGGUCAGAACUGAGUGUUUUCUUCCCAUUUGUUUCUACACCUGUCACUCUCCUACAUGCAAAGGUUGAAUGACAAAAAACCCAGUGCCUGGGUAUAGCUCACUGAGACAUUUUACUUCUCUGGGUAUCUGUUAAUUAUCAGUUAGGGACCACUGUUAGUGUAUGGUGUUUCAUAAUAUCACUUACGAUCUAAAUUUUAAAAAGGUAGAGGCACAAUUUCAAGCUUUCAUGUUCUCAUUUGGCAAUAAUUGAUUUUAGUAUGUGUCUGGGUCAAAAUAGUUGACAUUUUGUGGUAUUGAUAACAUGGCCUAAAGCAGACCUUACAUACAGAAGCUCUUUUGAGCUUCAGGUAAAAAUUAAUUUAUUAGAAGGUAGGAUAACCGAAGGAGAGAAAAGGCGUGACACUACCAAAAUUCCAUCCUUGACAGGAAUAAUUCUUGGUCACUGAAAUUACUCACAGAAAAAAAACAUUAUGAUUGUAAAACAGGAGCCAUGCUUUAUAUGUGUGUUUUAUGCUGAAGACUUUGAUUCUUGCUUUAUUUGCGUUUCCUUGAUGUCACCUAGAUAUAGUUUCCUAAACGACUAGUCUUUCUUCAAUCUUAAAAAAUACGAUCUUUGUAAAGCAAGGAAACAUUGUCCAAAAUAUGAGUCCGAUAUCAGAACUUUGAAGUCUGUGAAAAAGUAGUAACUGUUCCAUUGACGUUGUGGUUUAGUGGCCGUAAAUACGCUUGCAGAUUCCACCAUGAAUAAUCCUUUUUAAAAAGAAACAAGCUACCUACCAGUCUGUGGCAGAGUUCUCUGACUAUCUAAUAAAGGUUUCUACUAGUAGUUAUUAUUUUGAAAAUGUACCGGUUUGUUUAUUGCAUCUGAGUAGAAGCCUAUAAAUUAACUUCUUGGGUUUUUUCCAGAGUCAAAUUAAUCUCUCAAUGGAAAUAAUUGAUUUCUGAUUUUGGGGGGGAAAUGGGGAGGGAAGGGCGGGCAAAAAAGGAUAAUCUGAUCUCACAGUAAAAAAAAAAAAAAAAAACAAAAACCGAAAAACAAAACCCCAAACAAACAAACAAAAAAUGACCAAACCCCACAACAACAACAAAAAAAAAACCACACAAACCCCAACCACUUGGUGAUGGAAAGUGUAAUAGGCUGGUUUGUUUCCAAGAAUUGUUCUUGUGAAUUGGCCCUUGGCAGAAAGAAAACAGAAGGAUGCUUCUGUCAGAGUUACACUACAAGUACUGUGGGUAUUUGUGUCCCUUUGCAACUUUUUUUUUUUCUGUUUUGAUGGGGAAUUAAUAGUCUGUUCUGAUCCUGAAGUCAUGUGUUUUGGGAAGGGGUUGCUUGUGCUGAGUCCCUCUUCAAUUUGCACAUCUCCCAGGUUUACCCAUGUUGAUGUAUAGUAAAGACAUCUUCAUAGGCAGCAGUGUUACUGUAGUAGACUUGCACAACCUUAGUUUUAGGGUCUUUUUAAAUUUUAUUUUAAAAAUUACUUAACGUGUGUUUUUUUCUCAACAACUAAGUGGUUUUUAACAAUGUGUGUACUUUUUUUAAGCAUUGUGGAUUAGCCUGUGGAUUUUGAAUUUUUAAAUAAGCUAUUAUAGGUUCAUUGCAGCAUAACUCUAUCUGUUCUUCUGUUAGUGAAAGGAAACAUGCAACUGGGAGCCACAGCCUAACAUCACACAGCUUUGCUAAAGACAGAACCAGGUCAGAAGGUGUCAUUUAUUAUUUUUUGUGUGUGUGUUUUUCUAGCUGUUUUGAGAUAGGUUUUUAUGGUAGGAAGAGGGUGGGGAAGACGAUUCACAAAUCAUCAUUUAGUGAAUUGUUGCUGUUACCAACUUUCAUGGUUCUUAGGCCUCCUACUCUUCCUUCUUUUUCUACCCUCAGAUAUGCUGUUUUUUGUGGGAGAGAUUGAAUAUUGUGGGAGGAGUUUCUUAAAAUGUGUAGCCAGAAUAAGUGAAGUCAUUAAUGACAACACGGAAAACAUUAUUGGCACUUGUUACCGUGAGUAGUUCAGUACUUUCCCAUGGUUUGCCUUCUCUUUAGCCACAUUAGUCCUACAGGGCAACAGAGAAAUACUGAAAUGUUAUCUAUUUUGAGAUAAAUGGUGCUCAGAAAGAGGUGGUGGUUGUGUUCCCUGAGGGAAAGCUGCCGCAGCAAAGCUUUGGAAAGCCUCAGUCAAGUCAAAAACACUGUAAAGAGCAUAGUAAUGUGGGGGGUUUUGUUUUGUUUUUUAAAAAAAGGGUUAAAAUCAUUAAAAUCAGUGCUGAGAAAACAAGGACAGCAACAAGCUCAUAGUAUUCAGGUAAGACUGUCAUCCGGGCUACUUCAGGUAGUUGGCAGUUUCUCUGACUUUUAUUUUUAAUGAAUUGCUCUAAUUCUUUAUCUUGUUAAUAACUGCUAAAAUAGUUCAGCUAAUAUUUGUCCCUUUAUUUCUUAAUAUUUUGAUUUUGAAACUAAAGAUGUCCCUUACAGUUCCCUGUGUUGGAGGCAUAUGAGCAAAAAGUAUUUAGAGUAGAUCUUCAUAGCAAGACUUCACAUGUAAAUGUUAAUCACCUGCUGACUGCUGACCACUUUGUUAGCUAAACUAACAGUCUGGGGAAGGAUUGAACAACGGGGAAUGUCUGGUUUAUGAAAUUGGUGCGGUGCAUUGGAAAUACAGAACAUUGCAGUGUUGAGUAGCUAUAUUGUUAAACUCUUCGAACUUUUAUCUUUCUAACUUAACCCAUACUACUUGCAGCUAGGUUUUUCAAACCUGACUUCUAUUCCAGUGUUCUUAGCAAGCAAAUAAGGAGAUUUAGUUUUGAAAAAUUCUGAUACUUUGAGUAAACAUAGCUCAUACCAGACACAUAUUUCAUUUUGCAGACGUUUCAUGCCACAGGAAUAUUACUCAGGCUAUUAUGAUUCAUUAAGUAUUUAUGUGCAAGUUAUAGGCAUUAAAACUGCAAAUACUAAAUGAAUACACAUAAAUACUUAAUGAAUGAGUUUUAGCACCCAGCCUUAAAACUGUGUUGCUGUUAGCUCUUUUAAAUUACUGUGAAAAUCAAUCCUACUUAAGAAAGAUCUGAAAAAGGAAAAUACUGUAAUGACACACAUUAUUUGUCAACUCUGCAGCAUAUUAAGCAGCCCCCUAGUUAUGCAGAUGUUUUAGCCUCCUGCUUGAGGAGUCGGUGUCUCUUUUGGGAAUCAGCUGAUUACCUUUCCUCCUCAAAAUGCAACUGCAGAGCACUUGAGCUUUUACCAAGAAAAGCGUUUAUAGAAUUAUGCAUAUUUGAAAACAUAUUGGGAGCAAAAGAAAGCAUUAAAAAAUCACUGCAGGAUUUUAUUAGCUAUCUUUUUUCUCACUGGAAGUAAAUUAAUCUAAUUUUUCUUGUAACAUCAGCCUCCUCCAUUUGCAUUUAUACAUUUUCAGUAAUAGUCCUCCUCUAUUAGUAUGAGACAUAACAAAUGUUAAAAGCAAAUGCUUUCCCUCCCAGCAGAAUUAAUCGCAGUUUUUUGUGCUGCUAAGGCACCCGAGGAGGUGAGGUCCCUUUCGAUAAAGGGCGAAUUUAUCUUGUAAUUUUGGUAACUGUAGCAAAUCUUGUCCAAAUUAGGACAAGAUAAAUCACAGGAAUUUGUUUCUUCUGGCUCUGUCAGUGGCAUUCUUCUUCAUUCUUUGUCCUUUUUCUUUUUUUCCUUUUGGUAUGCCAACUCACCAGCAUUGGAGUUUCAAUCUCUUCCAUGGCGGGCUGUAGUAUGCUGCCUGUUGAAAGCAUCAGGACACCAGGGCUGGUACUAAAUCACAUCAGUUAAUUGCUUAUUCUCCCGACAAGGACAAAUAUUAAAAGUUUUGUUAUUUAAAUAUUGCCCUUUUGGUUUAAUUUUUCUCCAAGUGGCUUAUGCCUAGGCUGAUUUGGCUUGGGAAAGUUGUCAUUAAAAGAAUCCAUACGAGUGGACAUUGAAUUUGUUUGUAGGGGUUAUCCUUUUUUUUAAAACCAUCGUUCUAAUUUGUAAUGCAUCAAGAGGGUGAGUGCUUGGGUUUAAGGAGGACUUUUGUCAGUGCCUUAUUAUUAACUUGAAGACCAAUUCCUUUAUUUCAGUGCUGAGAGUACCAUAAUGGCAGACUUGCUUACUGUGUCCUUGAUGUUCCAAGGGGUAACAUUCCUUACAGUCAUUGCAUUUCUGCAGAAAUUGGUUGUUUUGGUCAAUGUAAAAUGGUUGUGGCUUGAGUUGCUUUAGUUUUGUUUGGGGUUUUUUUCUGUAUUUGAAUAGCCUCUUUUUAGGAAGAAUGUAGUGGUAUUUGGUAGCUUGGGCUUGUUCAGCUUUUAACAGAACUAGCUCAGACUUCUUCAGAAUUAAUUUGUUUUUAUUUUGGUAUGUCUCUAAAUAGAUUUGGAGUGGGGGGAUUGAAAAGUAUAGUCCAAGUCAUGGUCUAGACCACAUGAACUUAAGAGCCUGCAUUAUUAGAAAGGAUCUUGCUUUCCUCUUUCCUAUUUUGAUUUAAACAUUGAAGAGCAUUCUUAGGAGAAGAUUUAUUUCUUACAAGCUUUUUGCUAAUGUAAAAUAAACACUACAGGAAAAAACUGUUUGUGGAAAGAGAAGGCUUGGAUAAAUCUUACUUUUUCUGAAUAUUCUGUAAACUCAGUUUUAUAUAUUGUACUUCUGGUGCCAACACUGUGGAGAAAGUACUGUCCUUCACUGAAACAACUGCUACGAGAUUGUUUUAGUAGCAAGACUUUAUAAGCCUUGGAAGGGGAAAUGAAAGAAAGAAUGUGUUGUUCUUAAGCAAUUAAAUAUUUGUUUUCCUGGAAUACAUCCUUAUAAAAACAUAGCAGGUUUACUAUAGUGUUUAUAAAUUCAGAUGUUGGAAAAGACGGGAAGGAUAAUUUGAAAAUUAAUCUUAUGCUUUCUAAGAAUCUUCAAAGACAAUAGAAGGGUUAGGUUAAAGGAGAAAAGAGAAAUUACUUAGCUUAGCCAUGCCUGUUGCAGAACAGAGCUGGCAAGUUUUCUUGACAUUAUGUGCUAAGAAAAAAGGUGUAAUGAAAUGGAAGUUCCUGCAGAUCUCAGCGUGGUUAUGGCUGUUAGCCUGAUCUUGCUCUUGAAUGACUAAAGUGUCAAAUAUUCUGUUCCCUCUGUGUGUUUGAUUAGCAUAUUAUUUCUCUUUAUUUGGGUAGGUUCUCACCUUCACAUGUGUUUCCUGAAGGUAUUUCUUACCAUUCCAAAGCUGUUCACAGAUAAAACUGAAAAGCAGUGUAUAAAUUUAUUAACUACAUGUUGAAAGAAAGGGUUCUAGGGUGCCUUGUUUUCAGGCACUUCUGUCUCCUGUGGGUAUGGAGCAUAUCCAUUCAAAUACUACUGUACUGAAGUGUGAAAAGCACCAGGAAAUCAUAUAUAUGUUUUAUAAGAAUCCUGUAAGGACCAACCAUCACUGGAAGGGGCAUCGGGAUUGUCAUGCAGUAAACACAAGCCAUUUUUAAUAUUCCCUGCUGGCGUGAGGCAUUAUAAUGGUAGUGAUUGCACUAUGAUCUCAUUGAGUGAUGUGCAGUUCAGCUGUCCCCUAGCCUUUUUCUUCAACUUUUUAAAUACUUUAUUCUCUGUGUGUGUGUGUGUGAAAAUUGUGUGUUUGCAUAAGCUAGUUUACAUGAAUUCAAGUACAGGUUUCAAAAAUCUUUCCUACUGAAAUAAAUGAUUUAAAAGAU